GGGUAGUUCGAAAAGUUCUCGGCCUAAUAUAGAAAUGUCGCUAAGAAUAUCAAAUGGCUAUGAUUUUUCUCAAGUUUAAUCCCUCAGAGGGCGUACCGCACAGUUUCAGACAGAUUCGUUCGCUAGUUUGUUUACUGUGCUCGAGUAAAACAGACAAGAUUUGAUACUUCUCCAAAAAUGGAUAAAAUUGAAUAUCGCGCAGUCAUAAAAUAUUUCGUUUUAAAAGGAUUAACGGCAACAGAAAUAAAAAACGAGCUGGAUUCCACUUUGGGAGACUCUUCUCCGUCAUUUUCAACAGUGAAGAAAUGGGCUGCUGAAUUUAAACGUGGCCGUUCAUCCAUCUUUGACGAUGAACGUUCGGGUCGCCCGAAAACCGCCACGAAUGAGGAAAUCAUUCAAAAAAUCCACGAUAGCGUGUUAAAUGAUCGACGAGUAAAAGUGCGUGAGCUUUCUAACAUUGCAAACAUCUCAAUAGAUCGUGUUCACAAUAUCUUACAUGAACAUUUGCAUAUGAGAAAGCUCUCAGCGCGAUGGGUGCCGCGUUUGUUAACGGUCGAUCAGAAACGCAUUCGAACGAACAUUUCUCAAGAGUGCUUGGACUUGUUUAAACGCAAUUCAACCGAAUUUCUGCGACGAUUUAUCACUGUCGAUGAAACAUGGAUUCACCAUUACACGCCAGAGACGAAACAACAAUCAAAACAAUGGGUGGAAGCGGGUGGAAGUGCUCCAAAGAAGGCAAACGGAUGCUUAUUUUGGAGGCUUAAGCAAAUCGUAUUAUACUGA